UUUAUCAGCAAAUUAUCAAGUAGUUUUAAAAUUUAAAUAAAAUUUCAAAUAAUGUAUAUUUUUAUUUUUUGACUGCGUUAAUUGAAAUAAAAAUUUGGCGUGAUAAAACCGAACCGUAGGCGACUAGGCGUAAACCGAUGUCGUUCAGCGAUGAUGUGAGGCUGAAAGCUCAAUCUGCUUUGAAACCCUACCUCGAAGGAGACUAUUCAUCUUCAUCUCAACAUGCCGUGUCCUGUCAUAUCGGUGACCUCCUAACGAUAGGAAAAGGUACUACAAAUAAGAUAGCGAAAACUGAAGCUGCUCAGCAAGUUGUUGAUUUGCUCCUGAAGCCAGUCGAUGUUUCUCGCUUGCGUGAAUCGGUGAAUGGCGUUGGCGUUGCCGUUGCCUCAGUAACGAGCUGGAGCAGCGCAUCGGAUUUACAUCUGCAAACUUCGGCUCGUUCUUUUGAUAAUACGAGUUGUGAUAGUACGCGUGUUUUGCAGGAUCGCGUACCAACAUCGAAUACCGAAUAUCAGAUGGCGAACUGCAUUUCAAACGGAAAAAGUCGAUUCGAUCACACGCGCACUGUCGAACCGCAAAUGGAUCUAAGCGGUCAAGUACGAGCUCGUCCUCAAAGUGUCGUUUUACCAGAGAACAUCGCGCACCGUAAAUCCGAAACGCCGGAUAAAGUUUCCGUUACUACUUUAAAACCAGCGCCACAGCCAUCGUUGUCAACAAAGCGGUCGAAACGCAAAUCAAACAAACGUUCCAAACAUUUGCUGCGAGGGAACUCUUCCGCAGCAGCGCAGGUGUAUCCGAGCUACGAGGACUUCUUCAAUCCAUUCUUUAGACAACAGGACAAGUCUAAACUGCGAAAUAAAGUUUCCGCAAACGCUACGAAAUCAACGUCCGCGCCGCCGUCUACGCUACAGUCGAGUAAAGCUUCCGAAGGUACGUUUCUUGCCAACACUUGUUCAAAUGCACCCGAAAAACCGAGUGGCGAUAGCUUUUUCGAUCCAUUUUUCAAGCAAAGACCGCCGAAUUCGAAUAGUGCUUCGAUAAUGGAAACAGACAGUCUCGAAGAUCUCGUAAAAAAUCAAAAUAAUCUGUCGAAUCGCGACGAUACCAAAGUAAAUACGAUGGAAAGUAAAAAUGUAUUCGCUUUAUUGCAGAAGAAGACGCAAAAGCAUUUGAAACUUAUUCCCAGAUUUCGAAUCGAAGACACCGAAUCCGGAUUUCGAUGCAAUGUUCAGCUCGGCUCCUAUUACGCUUCCGGCGAAGGAAAAAAUAAAAAAGAAGCUAAGACUAAAGCUGCCGUUAGUUUACUCAAUCAAGUGAAUGAUGUGAACUGAAUUUUUGUGUCGUUCUCGAAUAUCGUUUCUUUUUUUUUUUUACAUAUGAUCCAUUUUACUAUGUUAUGUAUGUAUAUGUCCGUUAUUCCGAUUCUUUCUUUCAAAUUUUUGUUUUUUUUUAAUAAUGAGAUGUGUGUUAAAAUAAGUAUCUACUUAUAUAAUUGUGUGUUUACUUAGCUAUUCGUUCUUCGUAUUUUUCGCAUGUUUCAAUAUUUAUCUGCUCUUUUAUUUAUUCAUAUUUACGUGCGGUUACGGUUUUAUAAUAUCCAAUAAAAAGUGCAACUGUUA